AUGGAUUAUGCUGGGCCAUUCAAAGUGAAGAUCCAUCAGCUCCGCUCUGCGCGCGUUGUAAAUGUCUAUCUAUGCAUCUUCGUCUGUUUGUGUGUGAAGGCUGUUCACAUUGAAGUCGUCCACGAUCUCACGACGGUUGCGUUCCUCGCAGCGCUUAGCCGCUUCAUCGCCCGACGUGGAUGUCCGAGUGACCUUUUCAGCGAUUGUGGAACUCAGUUCGUAGGAGCCAAGAACGCCUUGUACCGCCUCAUGCAUCCGAAGAACCCGCAGCUGCUACAGUACGCGUAUGACGCAGGUAUAAACUUCCAUUUCAAUCCUCCCGCCGCGCCCCAUCAAGGAGGCAUAUGGGAAAGCGCUGUCAAGAGCGCGAAGUUUCACCUAGCUCGCGCCGCGCAGUCCACCACGCUAGUCUUGGAGGAAUUCCAAACGCUGAGUCAACGCAUCGAAGCCAUGCUCAACUCACGCCCGCUUACCCCGCUAUCCUCGGACCCGUUGGAUUUAGCUGCCCUUACGCCAGGGCACUUCCUGAUCGGAAGACCGCUCGCCGCACCGCCAGAGACCCGCUAUGAAGACAAGGAUCUCACUUAUCUGCACCGUUGGAACCUCACGCAGGCCCUCGCCCAGCAGAUAUGGAGACGCUGGAGCACCGAGUACUUGUGUUCUCUGCAACCGCGGAAGAAGUGGACCGACGUAACCCCUUCCUUGGAAGUCGGAUCCUUGGUCUUAAUCCAUGAUCCACACGCGCCGCCAUUAGCCUGGAGAUUGGGUCGGGUCUCCGCAGUAUUCCCAGGUGCCGACAACCAUGUCCGUGUGGCUGAGGUCACCACCGCCACCGGGGAGUACAAACGACCGGUACACAAGCUGUACCCGUUGCCGGUCGCUAUGUAA